UUUAUCUUCUAGUGAAGGAUUUCAGUGAAGCGAUGAAGUAGCUGUGGCCGUUCCCUCCUCCAAAUCGUCCAAAACCCAAACAAACAACCAAAAGAUCAAAGUUAGAGAGAGAAAAUCAUGGUGAGUCGUGAAGCAAAGCCAUAGCAGCAAGAACCAUAUAUACAUAUACACACGUAUAUAUAUAGAGAGCUCAUUAACCAUGGCUUCAAUUUCUUCGACGUCCCCACACAUUCACAUCCACAGAAACCCUAUCUCUCUCCACUUACUGUUGUCUUCUUCCAAUAGUCUAUCUUUCCCUUCAUAUCGCUCUCGAUUGCGUUCCUGUGCCCUCAAAAGCGGUGGUGAAAUUAGGAGCAGUAGUCAAGAUGCCUACAAUUCUGAAUUGCUCAGGAAGCCGGUUGUAUCGCCGCCGGUGGAUUCUUCCAGUGAGGAUUUGACGAAAGUCUCCGACGACGAUGAGGAGGAGGAGGAGGAGGAGGAGGAGCGAAGGGAAGAAGAGGGAUGGGUUGAUUGGGAGGACCAGAUUUUGGAGGACACUGUACCUCUUGUUGGCUUUGUUAGGAUGAUUCUUCAUUCUGGCAAGUACGGGAGUGGUGAUAGAUUAAGCCCUGAGCAUGAGAAAACCAUUCUAGAGAAGUUGCUUCCAUACCAUCCGGAGUGUGAAAAGAAGAUCGGAUGUGGAGUUGAUUACAUCACAGUUGGGUACCAUCCUAAUUUUGAAAGCUCACGGUGUAUGUUCAUUGUCCGGACGGAUGGAGAGCUGGUUGACUUUUCAUAUUGGAAAUGCAUAAAAGGCUUGAUCAGGAAAAAUUAUCCACUCUAUGCAGACAGCUUUAUUCUCAGGCAUUUCCGACGACGUAGGCGUAGUGAAUGAAGACACACCCCUGAGCAAUGUCGUGUGGAGGUAGAAGGCCUAUUGGUCAUGAAGAACUUUUUUUCCGGAGAAGAAGCAAUCUAGGGAAUAAACAACUAAGUCUGUGCUAGCAGCAGCGCUAAUACAGAGGAUGCAAACGUUAUCGAGAAUGAUUGGAUGUAAAGUGUAGGUGACUUUUAAGUCCGCUGUCAAAUUCCAGGGCUCUACUCUGAAAGGUGGUGGAAAGUUUCCAAGCUAGAGUACGGUAGGGGCAGGGGAAAUUUUCGGUAGUGGUGAAAUGUGUAGUGAUCAGAAAGAACACCAAUGGUGAAAGCACUCUAUUGGGCCCACAUUGACAAUUAGAGGCGAAAUCUAGGGGAGCGAUUGGAAUUAGAUGUCCCAGCAGUUCUAGCCAUAAACGAUGGAUAAUAGGCAUUAUGUGUAUUGGCAUUAGUAGUGUUGUAGCUAAUGCUUCAAGUAUCCUGCGUUGGGAGUAUGUUUGUGGUUUAAUUCGUUGUAAAGCAAAGAACCUUUCCAAGGCUUGACAUGCCGAAAUUUAAUGACGAUGAUGAUAAUAAUAAUAAGAAUUGCAAGUCAUGAUAAAUAUACCUAUAGAUUGGUUCUUAUUUCUA